AUGUCGUUCGGUUUGUGCAACUCAGCGCAAUCCUUCCAACGAUUCGUGGAUGAGAUGACCAGGGGCUUAGAAUUUUGUUACUGUUACCUUGACGACUUUCUAAUAUUUUCACGAAACGAAGAGGAACACGAGAAACAUCUUCCCGAAGUAUUUGACAGACUCAAGAGAUAUGGGAUGCUUAUAAACACCUCUAAGUGUAUUUUUGGUGUUGACGAAGUCACUUUCCUUGGUUACCGUAUUUUGGAAAGUGGCACCAAGCCCCUUGAAGAAAAGGUACAGGUCAUUAUGGAGUACCCACAACCCAAGGAGGUACGUCAGUUGAGGAGAUUUUUGGGUAUCAUUAAUUUUUAUAGGCGAUUUCUGCCCAAUUCCGCCCAAGCACAAGCGCCUCUUAACAACCUCCUGACUGGUGCCGUCAAAGGUCGCCAAACAAUAACUUUGACAGAUAAAGAAAUCAAAGCUUUUGAAGACUGCAAACGUAGUCUGUCUAAUGCAGCUUUAUUAGCUCAUCCAGACUGCGAAGCCAAAUUGGCAUUAGUAACAGAUGCGUCGGACGUGGCUAUAGGUGUUAUACUUCAGCAGUUGAAAGGCGGAGCAUGGCAACCACUUGCGUUCUUUUCGCGUAGGUUAAGACCAACUCAGCAGAGGUAUUCCCCAUAUGACAGAGAGUUAUUAGCUAUAUAUGAAGCUAUUAAAUACUUUCGUCUUAUGGUGGAGCCAAGACACUUUACAAUCUAUACUGACCAUAAACCGAUCAGUUUUGCAUUCCAUAAUAGGAAAGACAACUACUCGCCUCGUCAAUAUAGACAUUUAGACUUCAUAGCCCAGUUCACAACCGACAUAAGGCAAAGAUAA